AUGGGAAAAGACAAUCAGACGUGGGUGAAUUCAUUCAUUCUCCUGGGGCUGUCUAGUGACUUGAAGACCCAGAUCUUGCUCUUUGUUCUUUUCCUGUCCAUUUACCUUCUGACUUUAUUUGGAAACAUCCUAAUCAUCAUUCUCAUCAGGCUGGAUUCCAGGCUGCAUACUCCCAUGUACUUCUUCCUCACCAACCUCAACCUUGUUGAUGUCUCAUAUGCUACAAGUAUUGUCCCCCAGAUGCUGGCACACUUCCUGGAAGAAGAGAAAACAAUUCCACGUGUGAGCUGUGCUGCCCAACUGUUUUUCUCUCUGGGUCUAGGGGGGAUUGAAUUUGUUUUGUUGGCAACAAUGGCCUAUGACCGCUAUGUAGCAGUUUGUAACCCUCUGCGUUAUUCAGCCAUCAUGCAUGUGGGCCUGUGUACCAAGCUAGUAGCUGCCUCCUGGGUCAGUGGUUCCCUGAACUCUCUCAUGCAGACUGCCAUCACCUUCCAACUUCCCAUGUGCACAAAUCAUGUCAUUGAUCACAUAUCAUGUGAGCUCUUAGCUAUAGUCAGAUUGGCCUGUGUGGACACAUCUUCCAAUGAGGUGGCAAUUAUGGCUUCUAGUAUUAUCCUACUCAUGACCCCGUUCUCGCUGGUCCUGCUGUCCUAUAUCAAGAUCAUCUCCACUAUCCUGAAGAUUCAAUCCACAGAGGGAAGAAAGAAAGCCUUUCAAACUUGUGCUUCCCACCUGACAGUGGUGACUCUGUGCUAUGGAAUGACCAUUUUCACUUACAUUCAGCCCCACUCAACCCCCAAUAUCCUUCAGGAGAAGAUGAUCUCACUGUUCUAUGCCCUUUUAAUACCCAUGCUGAAUCCUCUAAUUUAUAGUGUGAGGAAUAAGGAAGUGAAGGGAGCCUGGCAGAAGCUGCUUGGGCAAUUCUAUGAAUUAAAGUCAAAGCUGACUUCUUCGUGA